AGAAGAAGAACAGUCCAAGUCCCAGAGUGUGGUCCAUGUGUCCCACCAUGGGGGAUGUGAGGGUCUUAGAGCUGUACAGCGGUGUGGGGGGGAUGCACUUCGCUUUAAAGGAAAGUGGCGUACCUGCCCAGGUCGUUGCUGCCAUCGACAUAAAUACCACAGCCAAUCAAAUCUACAAGCAUAAUUUCCCAGACACGCCCGUUUGGAGCAAAACCAUCGAGGGCAUGACAUUAGAUGACUUCAAUAAGUUAUCUGUUGAUAUGAUAAUGAUGAGCCCUCCUUGCCAGCCUUUUACCAGGUUGGGACUUCAGGGUGAUAUCGGUGACCCCAGGACCAAGAGCUUCCUCUACAUCCUUGAUCUUUUGCCAAGGCUUCACAAACUGCCCCGCUUCAUCCUGCUGGAGAACGUGAAAGGAUUUGAGAGUUCCUCUGCCAGGGAUCGUUUGGUACAAACACUGAUGGACUGUAGCUACAGUUUCCAGGAAUUCAUGGUCUCACCAACACAUAUUGGGAUUCCGAAUUCAAGGCUUCGUUAUUUCCUGAUAGCUAAGAUUUCAGCAGAAAACCCAAAGGUUUCCUGUUCCGCCCUACGUCCUGCUGAGAGUGAAGUCCCUUCAGACUCAAAUUCCACCUGUUCAAGUCCCAGCCAGCUAGAUGAGAAAACACCCAGUGGUCACGUCUUGUUUAAACUUGAGACAGCAAUGGAAGCUCAGAGGAAGGUCUCUCAGAACAAUGAUCUCUCUGUCAGACAAAUACAAGACUUUUUGGAACCCAUGACAGAAGAAAACAUGAAUCACUAUCUCCUGGCUCCUAAAACACUGUUACGUUAUGGUCUUAUUUUAGACAUCGUUCAACCCAAAUGCAGGAGAUCUGUCUGCUUUACCAAAGGCUAUGGAAGGUACGUGGAAGGAACUGGCUCUGUGCUGCAGUGCUGCUUGGAAACUGAGAUUGAGGGUGUGUUUACGGGUCUGGACCAGCUGUCAGAAACGGACAAACUUGAACAGCUGUUGAAAUUAAAGCUACGGUAUUUCACUCCCAGGGAGGUAGCCAACCUCAUGGGUUUCCCUCCACAUUUUACUUUUCCGAAGAGCAUCUCAACGAUUCAGCGGUACAAAGUUUUAGGAAACAGCCUUAAUGUUGCUGUGGUGGCCAGGCUCGUCCAGCUGCUGCUCUCUGAACACGCUGGACGUUCUACAGGAGAUCCACCUGUUCUGGACCAUCCCUUCAGAGGAACCCCUCCGGGCCCUCCCGAUGGUGCCCUGAAUUGGCUGCCCUCCGAUACCGAUCUAACCAACUCAGGGAUCCCCGACAGAGCCACCAAAGUAGCUGCGGGAGGCCAUCACGAGGUGGCCUGGGGGGGGUGUCCGUCGCCCACAGGAGAACCGGCGCACGAGAGAGGGAAGAAAGCCAAGUCACAUCCCAACCCCGCACGCCGGACCCCGGCCGACUGGCGGACCCCCCUGGGUUGCUUCUCCCGCAACUGUCAAGCGUUCAACUUUGGAGGAACCCCUCCGGGCCCUCCCGAUGGUGCCCUGAAUUGGCUGCCCUCCGAUACCGAUCUAACCAACUCAGGGAUCCCCGACAGAGCCACCAAAAUGCGGGAGUUCGUGAGGGCCCACCACUUUGCUAUACCCUCCGGCCGCGGCACUCCGCGGCCUGUGCUCUGGACACGCCCAGAGCCGCCAACCCCCACCGCGCCACACCCGUCCGCCGGCCCACCUUCACAGCCGGGCGCGGACACCGCGCCGAGAGACGCCCAACCCCCGAGCCGCCGGCGCGCACAAGUCGCACCGUCGACCACGGAAGCAGGCGCCCACGACGCGGGCCACGCCCGGCCUUCCGGCGGCGGCGAUCGGAGGGCCAACGGCGGGGGCCGCGACACCAGCCGCGGCCCGGCACCCCAUCAUCCAUUCUCCAAUCCUAUUGAGGGUGUGUUUACGGGUCUGGACCAGCUGUCAGAAACGGACAAACUUGAACAGCUGUUGAAAUUAAAGCUACGGUAUUUCACUCCCAGGGAGGUAGCCAACCUCAUGGGUUUCCCUCCACAUUUUACUUUUCCUAAGAGCACCUCAACGAUUCAGCGGUACAAAGUUUUAGGAAACAGCCUUAAUGUUGCUGUGGUGGCCAGGCUCGUCCAGCUGCUGCUCUCUGAACACGCUGGACGUUCUACAGGAGAUCCACCUGUUCUGGACCAUCCCUUCAGUGGGUGCUGUCUGUCCACCGCCUGUUGA